CUUCACUCUAACAUAGUAAAAGAAUUCAGUUAUGCCUCAGCGAGUGCCUUUCACUAAAAGAACGAUUUCAGCGUUUAUUUUCCUCGGAAUUAUCUGGGGAACUUUUCCUUUGGUGAUACACUGUGCAAUUCGUUUCAUCUGUGGCAGAGAUUCACCAGCACUUAUUUUUGUCUUUCGUACUCCAGGAGCCGUUGUUCUCUAUGUUGGCUCGUUUGUAUUCCUCUCGCUUGGAAGCACCAAUAACAGGGAGUUACUCCUUAACAACUUCAAAAUCGCGAGGAAUUACUGGAUGUUUGCUGUAAUGGGUUUGAUUCAGUUAGCUCUACCUUACAUUCUAUUUACGUACGGAUUGAAAGUCUUGAGCCUAACAACUGGUGGUGUCUUCAUUACAUCAGUUCCGCUGUUCUCCAUAGUGUUAGAGAGGUUGCCUUUUGUACAGAGCACAUACAUGUACUCGAUAUCCAAAUGCAAGCUUGCUGCAGUAUUGUCUAUUGCUCUAGCUGGAAUUACUAUGGUCUCAGCAGUAGGCAUGAACUUGGCACAAGAUUGCGGCAGUUACUGUGACCAGAGAGAAGAAAAACCUGAGGAAGAUACCUCCCCAGAGGUGGCAUUAAGGAACAGCAAUUUUAGGAACUUACAGACAAACUUACCUCGCACAGUGCAAAGAUCUUGCACUCCAUUCUCAGUCAUGGAAUUAACAGGAUCUUUACUGGCCCUUAUAGCAGGAUCCAUCUCAUGGUCAAUAAGCUCAAUAUUUUGGCACUCCAACAGAGGAAAUAUUCAUUCAGUUAGUGGUGGUAUUGGUAGCAAUAUUUUUGGAGGAAUGUUUGGUCUUGCAUUAUUUUUUGUGAUUCAUCAUGGAGAUUGUAAGAUCAACUGGAACUGGAGUGAUCCUAAAUCCAUUUUUUACUGCAUACUUUUCCUUGUGGUGAUGUCUGACUGGCCAAUAAGUUUUGUGUCAGAUUUUAUAAGAAGAGAAAUUGGUGCUGUGGUAGUAAAUCAAGCUCUGUGCCUUGUACCAUUGAUAGCUUUGUCAGAGGAUUGGUUGUUUGUUCGACGACCCGAGGCAGUCAAUGCUUUACCAUACACAUCUAUAAUUAUGGAAAUUAUUGGUGUUGUGUUUGUGGUUUCAGCUGUUGCUAUCUCCACUGUAGAAUUUACAUGUAACAAUCGUGAAAGCGCCAUCCGUUCACCACUAUUAAGCGAACUUAGUAUGCAGAAGACUGUGGAAACGUCAUAUUUCCUGAACGUUCGUCAAAUUGAAGACAGCAUGACCUCUAGUUACCUUGAACAGCUGCGGUCAAACUCUGGUAAAAGUGAUCCCUUCCCUCCCCUGGUGGAGAUUUCAGACCAUUAGCGCACAUCAGCAACAUCCACAACAAAUUCAUCCUCACAAAAACAUGUUUGCAGUCAGUUCUUCUUAACUGCUUACUAAAAGGUUGCAUUGACGGCAAUGUACAUCCGCACGUACUUUAAUUUCUCUUCUACAAUCUUCUCUGU